CCGAGAGGCUCAGAAUGAGUAGUCCGACAACUAAACGACAAAAGAAUGCUGCAAGUGACUUGACGAGUCUUACUGAUGAUUUAGUUAGAGAAUACCAGCAGAAUGGCUUCCUUGUUUUCCGCAAUUUCUUCAGCAGCGACGAAGUGGAGGCAAUCAAAAACGAGAUGUCACGUGUAAUUGACGAGUGGUACGUAGAAUUCGAUAAAACCGGCGAAGAAGGAGCCGACUGGGAGGAGGUGGUCAACAGGGAUCCUCUUGUAAGACAAGGCAAGCUGAAGCCGCUUGACCGGCUGCAUUCUGUUCGGAGACUCUUUAGGAUUUCGGUCAAUCUCCAUUUUUUCAAGCAAAUAGCCAGUCAUCCGAAGAUGUUAGCGAUAUCAAAGCAGCUCUUGGGAGACGAUGUCAAGCUAUUACAAUCUAUGGCCCUGCUAAAACCUCCAGGAACAGCAGAGAAAAAGUGGCAUCAGGAUAAUGCAUAUUUUCGUCUGAUACCUAAUCACCUGCUGGCAUUUUGGAUUGCUUUGGAUGAAGCUGAUGUUGAAAAUGGAUGUAUGCACAUUGUACCAAAGAGCCACAAUCAUGGUGUAGAUGACCACUCAUCUCCCGAUGAUGAUCAUGUUGUUUACAGUCUCACAAAUCUUCCCGAGAAAGACAAGAUAGUCUCGGUGCCUCUCUCACCUGGUGAUGCUCUUCUUUUCCACGGUGAGCUGCAACACUACACACCAUCCAACAAUUCCAUAAGAAUGCGAAGGGCCAUACAAAUGCAUUAUGCCUCAGGACAAUGUAAACCAACAGUGUGUCCUAAAGAUGGAGAGGAAAAGGGAUCUGAAGGCUUGCAGCAGGAAGGUCCCACCCACUUUGAUUGUGCACCCUGCAUUGAACCAAAGUUUUGGUACUACAGAAAAGCAGAGCUGUUGGUGUCUGGCCACGAUUAUGGAGGCGAACACAUAUAAAUCAGGACACUUAAGUUUUGUAUUAAUUUUUGAUAUGCAUUGAUCUUGCCUAAUAGAAUUUCCUUUUAUAAUAAAAAGACUUGUAUUCGA